CGAAACUCUGCGACACUGAGAUGUACAGUCGUAACUCGUAAAUUGUGUUUCGUAAUCAUGAACUAAAAAUUAGAUUUCACGUAGCGUACAUUUAUUUUAAAUUACAAAUGUUUAUAAAAUACCUUGCUUACGUACUGCUGACUAUACAAUAAGUCAUCCUCGCAUGUACCAUUUAAUAAUUGAAUAUCUAGACAAUUAAAAACAAUAUACAUGUUGUUGUAAACAAACAUCAUAUGUGUUAUCAUUGUUCACGUACACUACAUCGGACGAUUAUAUCGUCACCAGUUAUUGUGAUACCUACUGCGGUUGUGCCCUGCCGUCGGUUCAAGUCGGUCAAAUCAUAUAAAUUGCGUAAACUCGGCGAAGAAAACAUAAUCUGAAUGUAUACUCAUUCUUGAAAAGUACUCUUGAAUUUCGCGUUAUUCUUGAAGACAAUGCGGGGUACUAAAUUAGGUGUAUUUACUUUAACUGUAUUUUGUGUAUUUGCAAGAAACUCUUUGGGAUUAUCUCCAGUUAUUUUAAUACCAGGAGAUGGUGGAAGUCAACUGGAAGCUGUAUUAAAUAAAUCUGAGGUUGUCCAUUAUAUAUGUGCAAAGACCUCCAAUGAUUAUUUCAAUAUUUGGCUAAAUUUAGAACUUUUGGUGCCAUUUGUGAUUGAUUGUUGGGUGGAUAAUACUAGAUUAGAUUAUGAUAAUGUAACAAGAACCACAAAAAAUCCUCCUGGUGUAGACAUAAGGGUGCCGGGAUGGGGAAACCCUGAGACUGUGGAAUGGUUGGACCCAUCACAUGAAUCUGCUGGUGCUUAUUUUAAUAGCAUAGGUGAUGCUCUAGUCAAAAUAGGAUAUGUGAGAAACCAAACACUUCGUGGUGCACCUUAUGAUUUUAGGAGAGCACCAAAUGAGAAUGGGGAAUUUUUUGUCAAAUUAAAAUCACUUGUUGAAGAAACAUAUAACAUGAAUAAUAAGUCACGAGUGACUCUACUUGUACAUAGCAUGGGUGGGUCAAUGGCUCUACAUUUUCUGAGACUGCAGUCACAGGCUUGGAAGGAUCAGUAUAUAAGGAGAUUGCUGUCUUUGUCAACACCCUGGGGUGGGGCUAUGAAAGCAUUGAAGGUGUUUGCUAUUGGGGAUGACCUCGGUUCUCUCAUGCUGCGCGAAAGUACAAUGCGUACGGAGCAGAUCACCUGUCCCUCACUAGCGUGGCUGCUGCCUUCAGCUAACUUCUGGAAGCCUACUGAAGUGCUAGUACAGACUGAUAAGUUCAACUAUACUAUCAACGAUUUACAAAAGCUCUUCACCGAUAUGGACUUGCCAAAUGCGUGGGAGAUGCGAAAAGACACGCAACAAUUCACUCAAGACUUCUCAGCACCAGGAGUCGAAGUACACUGUGUCUAUGGGUACAACAUCUCUACAGUUGAAAAACUCGUAUACAAGCCGGGCACUUGGCUGGAUGGCUACCCAACCCUGAUGAUGGGAGACGGCGACGGCACCGUCAAUCUACGAUCUCUUAGCGCUUGCGAGCACUGGGCGAAACGUCGGGGCUUCACAACCCUCAACAAGAACAAGCCAAUCAAAUCCGUGCCCUUGAAGCAAGCUGAGCAUCUGAAGAUACUCCACGACCCUCGAGUACUGGACUAUAUUACUACGGUCAUGAAAAAUGAUUAAAAUCUGCCAAAAAUUCAACGAUAAAGUGUUUAAGUGGUGCAUAGUUUUGAGUUUAGUCCUCAUUUUAUAAGUGAAUUAGAAGAUUUUAUUAGAAUAUUGUAUUUAGUUAUAAGAUUUAAAAUAGCCUCAGUCAUAUACUACUGUCUGUACUAAAAGUACAUUAAUAUUGUUAUUUAUCAUAACCACGACAACUACCUAACAAAUUAAGAUGAGAAAAUAUUCUUAUCAUAUAAAGAAUAUUUUAUAUGUUUACCUACCUAUAUUUCACGUAGGCCAAAGAGUUGUUCUUAAAUAAUAAUAAAUAUAGAAACUGUCAAUACUCAUUUCGUUACCAUUAACUUUGGCUCAUUUUUGCAAUUCUUUUUCUUGUGUGUAUUUUGUGAAAACGUAAAAAAGAAUUAUUUUUAUGCCAUUUUAGCACCAAAACGGAAUACUAUAUUCAAAUUAUUAUGACAACAAUUUAUUAAAAAAUAAUUAUGUUCCAAUACAGUAUCUAUGUCGCAGUAAAGUAGUUAAAUCAGAGAGUUGAUUGAAUCUCUAGACAGUUAAUUAAAGAUCGAUAUUCAAUAAAGUCGCUAGCAUUUU